AUGUCCGAUCUCACCGACAAGAUCCGCCGACAGGUGGAGUUCUACUUUAGCGACGUGAACGUCGCCAAGGAUGUCUUUCUCAAGUCGAAGAUGGCCGAGGACCCGGAGGGAUUCAUUCCGCUGGAGGUGCUGCUCACCUUCAACCGUCUGAACAGCCUCACGAAGGACCCGAAGGUGCUCGCCGAGGCGCUCGCCAGCAGCGACAAGCUCGUCAUGAACAAGGACGGCCUGUCGGUGCGCCGCAAGGACGCCCUGCCGGAGUCCAUCCAAACCGAUGAGCAGACGGUGUACGUGAAGCCGGUGCCGGCGACGGCCUCGCUGGAGCAGCUACAGGAAUUCUUUAGCGCUCACGCCACCGUGCUGGCGGUGUGGCGCCGCUACUUCCAGGGCGGCAGCAAGGACGCGCCGUUGGAGAGCCGCACGAAACCGUCCGUGUUCGUGGUCUUCGCCAGCAAGGCAGAUGCCGAGAAGUUUGUCGCGGCGCCGCCGCAGUACGACGGCGUGCAGCUCAGCGCGCAGAUGAAGACGGCGUACUUGGAGGGGAAGGCGGUGCAGAUGGCUUCCCAGAAGAACCGCAAGCGCGUUCGCGAGGACGGUGAGGACGCUGGUGCACCGUCGUCCGCGGCCCCCCGCACGCCCGCCAUGCCCACGAACAGCAGCUACCGCAUCUCUGGAUGCGGCGCGAUCGAGAAAUUCUCCGAUGUGAAGGGGCUGUGGCCGGCGGAGGAGCAGAAAGGCGUGCGCUACGUGUACAUGCCAACCAAGGAGGAGGCUCUCAUCAUCUUCCAGGACGCCGAGAUAGCCGAGAAGAUGGUCGAGUCCGUCAAGACCCGCGCGGCGACGCUGCAGGGCAAGCAACCCGAGGUGACGAAGCUCGAUAAGGAAGACGAGAAGGCACUCAUAGCGAACGUAGAGAAGGAGAUCUCCGAGCGUGCGGCGCAGCACAGCGGCCGCGGUGGACGUGGCGGUCGCGGUGGCCGCGGUGGCCGCGGUGGCCGCCGUGGCGGUGGUCGCCAGUAA